UAUAAUCAGCUAUUAUUCUAUAGUUUGUACUGUGUAGAGAGCAUCAUUUAUAGAAUUAUGGCUAGGAAAAACAACGGUAACAACAUGAAUGGUCUCUUGGAGAUCGGAAAGGAAGGGUUUGCUACACUAGAAUGGGAAGAACGGUAUGGUGGCGGUAGUCGCACCACCACUACCACCGUUGUCACUACCUUGCCGACUCCAACUCCCGUGGCAAUGGCCGUUCAGCCGCCACCAACGGCGUAUUGGUGGAAUAAUAAUCGACGGUUGCCGGCCCACCCUAAAUUAGUGAGUCCUCAUGAUAUUACUUCUACUACCACUACCACUUACUACAAUCAUUUUGUUCCAACUCCCGCCAAAGAAAUGGCUAUUUCGACAAUUGACUGUGAUCAAGCUGCCAAGAAAUACAACGGGGUGCUGAUUAAGGAAAGUACGACUGCCAAUUACAAGAGAAAGCCUACAUCAUUCUUCAGUAGCCUUCGCCGUGGUUAUUAUUAGUUGUCACUGAAUAAUUCCAUCUUGAUGAAAUUUAGUUAUGAUCUUCCGGCAUACUACGUUUUGGUUGUGAAGUAAACUUAUAUUGUCUUUUGUACGAGUACUUUCUUUUCUCUAUAUAAACUGUAUUGUAUCUUAAAAUAAGUACUCCCGAACAAAUAGUAUACAUAGAAUUUUGAGAUUUGUACUAUUUUUAGUACAAAUUUGAAAACUCAAUGUGAACUAUUUUUAGUACACAAGUAGUACAUAAC